AGUAAAUAUAAAUAAAAAGAGACAACCAGGUGAUAGAGACUGUUGAUCUGUGUGACAUAAACAAGUCUUGUUUGUUAACUUGAUACAAUAAUAUUACUUAAACUAUUGUAAAAGAGUAUUUUAUAUUUUCUUCAAGUGAAUAUAAAUAUAAAAAAUUAACAAUGGUUACAAUAAGUGAAGAUUUAUUCAAAGAAUUUGCAUUUUGGGGAUCAAUUUUGGUGAUGAAAACAUUGGCUAUGUCACUUUUAACAGCUCGUCAACGUUUUGCUAAAAAUGUAUUUGCAAAUCCAGAAGACAGACAAUCUAAAACAUCAAAAAUAGCUGCUAUUGAUGAGGAUGUUGAAAGAGUAAGAAGAGCACAUAGAAAUGAUUUGGAAAAUAUUCUUCCUUGGUUUGUCAUGACAUUGAUUUGGUUGACAACUGGACCAUCUUACUGGACAGCUAUGAUUUUGAUUAGAGGAUUUGUUAUUUCUAGAAUUGUUCAUACAUUUGUAUAUGCUAUUUGGGCAAAACAACCACACAGAGCAAUUGCAUGGUUCAUUGGUUAUGGAAUCACAAUUUAUCAAGCAAUUUCAACUUUAAUUUAUUAUUUUUAAUUAUCAAACAAAUGAACAAUAACAAUAAUUAAUAUUCAACUAAAAUUUUUUGUUUAAUUAUAUUUUUUAUAAUGAAGAUGAAUUUAUCAUUUUCUUCUACUCAUUUUUUUAAAUAUUUUUUUGGGUUGGGUAAUAAAUUUUGUAGUGAAAAAUUCUGUAAUAAAUAAAUUGUUUAUUAACAGUUGAAAACAUC